AUGCCGGCACAUCUGCUGCCUGACGGCUCCCAAAGAUGCGCAGACCUACACUUGGUUAGUGACGAGGAUUCUGUCUACGAACAGGAUGUUCUGCGAAAUCCCGGCAGCACGAAGCCAUGGCUGGCCUACAUACAAUUCAAGACACAACAUGGGACGCUUCGCGAGCGCGCCUUCGUGCUUGAGAGAGCUUGUCUUCAACUCCCUCGAUCGUACAAGCUGUGGAAGAUGCACCUCACCUUCCGCGUCAAACACGUCUCGAAACUGAACCCUGCAAUAUUCGCUGCAGAGUAUCGAAAAGUAAACACGCUUUUCGAACGGGGGCUGAUUCUUCUCAACAAGAUGCCUCGAAUAUGGGAGCUUUACCUCAAGUUCUUGCUUCAGCAACCGCUGGUGACCACUACAAGAAGAACGUUUGAUCGAGCUCUCCGCGCUUUGCCAAUUACUCAGCACAAUCGAAUCUGGGCUCUAUACAAGCCCUUCGCGAAUUCAGCUGCGGGGAUCAGUGCUGUCAAAGUUUGGCGUCGUUACAUGCAGAUCCAUCCCGAAGACGCCGAAGACUUUAUUGAGCUUCUUACACAGGUUGGCCUCUACACUGAGGCCGUGAAGAAGUACAUUGAUGUUCUCAAUAACCUGCGCUUCACAAGCAAGCGUGGCAAGGGGCAUUAUGAGCUGUGGAGCGAGAUGGUGGACAUGAUCGUGGAGCACGCGGCCGAAAUAGAGACCGGGCACGAAACAGGUAUUGAUGUGGAAAGAAUCAUCAGAAGUGGUAUCGUUCGAUUUGCCGACCAACGAGGCAAGCUCUGGUGCGGGCUGGCAACGUAUUGGAUUCGACGAGGUAGCUUCGAACGUGCUCGAGACGUCUUUGAAGAGGCUGUCACGACUGUUAUGACGGUCAGAGACUUCACGCUUGUCUUUGACUCGUAUGCCGAGUUUGAAGAGUCAAUUAUCGGGGCACUCAUGGAAGUUGCUUCUGAUCGUGCAGACAAGGGCAUCGUGGACGAAGAGGCGGACUUCGAGCUCGACAUACGCAUGAUGCGGUUUGAGCAGCUCAUGGAUCGGAGACCAUUUCUCCUGAACGACGUCGUUCUGCGACAAAACCCCAAUAACGUUGCCGAGUGGGAGAAGAGGGUCGCACUCUGGGGUGAAAAUCAGGUAGAAGCUGUGCAAACCUACACUGCCGCCAUCGCGACGAUACAGCCGAAGAAGGCCGUUGGGCCCUUCCAUCAACUCUGGGCCAACUACGCGAAAUUCUAUGAGCGGGGUGGCGACAUUCGCAACGCGCGCAUUAUCAUUGAGAAGGCCGUCAAGGUACCGUUCAAGUCCGUAGCAGAACUUGCAGACAUGUGGAUUGAAUGGGCCGAAAUGGAGCUGCGGAAUGAGAACUUUGACGAUGCCGUCCGGAUCAUGGCGAAGGCAGUUCAGGCGCCAAAAAGAUCGACAGUCGACUAUUUUGACGAGACCUUAUCGCCGCAACAACGCGUGCACAAAAGUUGGAAGCUCUGGAGUUUCUACGUGGACCUCGUGGAAAGCGUUAGUUCUCUGGAAGACACCCGCAAGGUGUAUGAGCGGAUAUUCGAGUUGCGGAUCGCGACGCCACAGACUGUGGUUAACUACGCCAACUUGCUCGAGGAGAAUCAAUACUACGAAGAGUCAUUCAAGAUUUACGAACGUGGCCUGGACCUCUUCAGCUAUCCUGUGGCAUUCGAGCUGUGGAAUCUUUACCUUACGAAGGCCGUUGAUCGUAAGAUUGGCAUCGAACGUCUCCGCGACCUGUUCGAACAGGCGAUCGAAGACUGCCCGCCCAAGUUUGCGAAGGUAAUUUACCUUAUGUACGGCAACUUGGAAGAGGAAAGAGGUCUUGCUCGACACGCCAUGCGUAUCUACGAACGCGCCACCCGCGCGGUAGCCGAUGAGGACCGGGCAGACAUGUUCAACUUCUAUAUUACCAAGUCGGCGUCCAAUUUUGGACUGCCGUCAACAAGACCCAUUUACGAAAAGGCCAUCUCUACUCUGCCUGAUAACGAAGCACGGGAUAUGUGUCUCAAGUUUGCCGACAUGGAGAAGCGCCUUGGCGAAAUUGAUCGGGCGCGGGCUAUUUAUGGCCACGCUUCACAGUUUUGCGACCCACGUACCAGUCCAGACUUUUGGGCCAAAUGGGAAGCGUUUGAAGUGCAACAUGGCAACGAGGAUACGUUCAAAGAGAUGCUUCGGAUCAAGCGGAGUGUGCAGGCGCAGUACAACACCGACGUCAACUUCAUCGCAUCGCAAGCGCUUGCUCGUAGCCAGCGACAGCCGGACGUCGACUCGGCAGACCCAGAAGUGACGGAUGCCAUGGCCGCACUCGAGAGACAGGCGAGAGCACCAGCCGGUUUCGUGGCAGCAAGCGACACCCAAAAAGUCGGCGCAACAGACACCACACUUGUUGCUGCCAACCCAGACGCAAUUGAUAUUGACGACAUUGACGAAUAA